UCCCAAAAAGGUUUCACUCCAUUCGUCCUCUGCAUGGUGUCAGUAUGUGCAAAUGAUACAGUAAUUCUGCCUUGUAGUCAGCGACUCAGUCAGAUAUGGACGACUGCCCGGCUUCACUGUUCGUCAUCGCGUUUUUUCCAGCGUCCUCCUGCGUAUGCAUGUAUGCGACCGACGGGCUGAUUUCAUAACGUGGGGAGGAAGAGAGGAAUGGGGCUUUGAGAACGGAUGAGCACCAGACCCGGUAGGCUCUAUGCACCAACAGUGUAAUCUCUAUUCCCGGGCCAUGCAGACGGCGCCCUAGAGGAGAUGCGGUAGUGAAGGCUGCUGAUGCUGCUGUCCGAUCAGCUGUUUUUUGUUUCUUGAGCAUCAUCGCCGUGACGGCCAGAGAGAUCGACAUCAAGCUCCGGAGCCAGGGACACCGCAGAGCGGAUAAUAGAGGAUGGAGUUUAAGCAUCUGGUGGAAGCGGCGGAGAAGUGGUGCUCCGGUAACCCCUUCGACCUCAUCUUCGCCGAAGAAGACGACGAGAGGCGGCUGGACUUUUACGCAGAGCCCGGCGUCUCCUUCUACGUGCUGUGUCCCGGCGGUACCGACAAUUUCCAUGUGUGGAGCGAGAGUGAGGACUGCCUUCCCUUCCUACAGCUGGCCCAGGACUACAUCUCCUCUUGUGGGAAGAAGACUCUGCUGGAGGUGCUGGAGAAGGUCUUCACGUCCUUCAGGCCUCUGCUGGGCCUUCCAGACUUAGAAGACGACAAUUUUGAACAUUACCACGCUGACAUGGAGGGGGAACCGGGGCCCGACCACCAGCAGAUGGGGGUCAGCCAGCAGUGAUGAGCCCCGAGAUGAGGCCUGCAGCCGAGGCAGAGCUGCUCUGAGGCUCUGGUCCUCAGCUUCUCCGCCCAAACAACACACUCUUAUCCACACGCUGACACACACACACACACACUCUUUAAGUCAUCUUGCUAAAAAUGCACCAAUAUGUUCUUGAAUGUCUCAGUGGCUUUGCUUCCCAAAGAGUGCAGUCUGUUGCACUGUGUUGACCACCCCCAAACAAACACACACACACACACACACACACACAUUGGGGCUACGUGAGCAGUGGCCAUGUACAAUGCAAGUAUCAUAAUCAUUCACCAUCUGAUUAGUUAAAGUUCCACAGCACAGCAAUAUUACAUCAGCCUCAGCUGGCUUUGUUAUGCAGAAAUACAGUCAGAUGUUACCGCAAUACACGUUUCCACCGUUAGUUUGAAGACAAAUGUGACAGAUAACCUACUUCCUCUGCCUGUCUGUUGACACAGAGGAUACAUGAGAGGUAGAUGUAAGAUAAAUGGAUGAAGACUGACGGUUUGUGGCUGCGUGAGGCAACUGGCAUGACGCAGAUUAAGGGCAGGGAGGAAGGAGGGGAGAGAGGAAUCAUUUUCCACUUCAUACAGGAAGGGGAGUGAGGAUGCAUGGGCGUGACAUAGGUUCAGGUGGGACAGCUCUCAGACCAUCCUGUUUUAAACAAACACUUAAAAUAGUCACAUAGGAUUUCAGUCAAAAAGCAUUUAACACAUUGGCUCCGCAUGUGGAAGUCAAAGUGCGCAGCUUCUCAGUAGCAUGAAUCAGUUUUUGAGGUGUGUCUCUUGUGUAUGCCUCAAAGGGUUUAAAGUCACUUUAUGAGGAAGUUUUGAAUUGCCAUUUCUAUCAUAUGACCAUCACAACAAAGGCCCAUGCUGCAGCUUAAGCCCUUCUCGGUUUAGGUGUCCCAUUGUCACAUGACAGCCCAGUUCUUUCCUGUAGUCUUCCUUCUUGGUUGUCGGUGGUUCCCACUUUGUCCCGAUCUUAUGCGAUAACUUCCUAAAGUGAGUCAAACCCUCUUUUUAAUGUGUGCAUUUUUUCCUGAACUUUAACUUCUUUCAAAAUUUCUCCUAACCACAAAUUUAAUAGGUGCACACCGAAAUCCCUGAGUGAUACCACAGGGGAAAGAAAAUAUUUGUUGACAGCCACCCUCUGCCUCCUCUGUUAUCUCCACCCUCACAGUGUGUUUUUACAUGGCACAUCCAGUGCACUGCAACGCUUCAGGUCCCUCGCCUCCUUCAACCACUCGAUCCUAAUGCAAGAGCGUUUCAGAGGUUCAUCUCCAGCCCGUUUACUUUGGCUUGUAAAUGUAUAUCUUUUUAUUGCCUAUUUGAAUGUUUCUCAUGCAGUGUAUCUUCCGUUAGUCCUCCGAUGUGCGUGAAAUUGUUCAAUAAACCGUGUGAACAGAG